AUGAAUCAUGCACUUGAAAUGGCCUCUCUUCAUCCAAGAACAAAAAGAAAUCUAACUAACCAACAAAGAGAAGCAAUUUUUGAGGCUGUGUUGCUACAAAGUGUGAAUGGAAAAUUAAAAAGAAGUUCUGUAAGGGAGGUUGCUGAAUUGUUCUCGACUAGUGUCAACACAGUGCGUCGAAUUUGGAAUCGAGGGAUGGCUUGUAUCACUAAUGGAGUGAUGGUCAAUGUUUCCAGCAAAAUGCCUUCAUGCGGUCGCAAACGAGUACCAAUCGACUUCACCAAAAUGAGGGAUAUUGAUCGUGCCCGGCGAACAAACAUCCGGUCAUUGGCAGCGGCAAUGAAAGUUCCAAAAACAACCAUUCACAGGCGAAUUAAAGAAGGUAAAAUUCGGCCUCAUUCCAACGCAUUGAAACCAUAUUUAUCGGAACAAGCUAAGAAGGCAAGACUCCAGUUUUGCCUUUCAAUGCUCGAGCCCAGUGAUGAUGCAAAUCAGCCAAGAAAAUUCAAGAGCAUGUACAACUAUGUUCACAUUGAUGAAAAAUGGUUCUACAUGACAAAAGAAGCGGAGAGGUAUUAUCUACUCCCGGAAGAAGAAGAACCUCACCGCACUUGCAAAAGUAAAAGGUUCAUCCCGAAGGUCAUGUUCUUGGCUGCGAUAGCUCGGCCUCGAUUUGAUGCUAACCAAAAUGAGGAAUUCUCGGGUAAGAUUGGUAUUUUUCCUUUUGUAUUCAAAGAACCAACCCGACGAUCUAGUAAAAAUCGCCCCGCGGGUACAUUGGAGACAAAGGCAAUAUUAUCGGUAACCAAAGAUAUUAUUCGCUCUUGCUUGAUUAAUCAAGUUUUGCCUGCAAUCCAGUCUAAAUGGCCACGUUAUAGUGCACAUGAAACCAUAUUUAUUCAACAAGACAAUGCAAAACCACAUAUCCAACCAUUCGAUCUUCAAUUUGUUGAAGCGGCAAAGAAAGAUGGAUUUGAUAUCCGUUUAUCGAAUCAACCUCCAAGUAGUCCGGACAUGAAUGUUUUGGAUCUUGGUUAUUUUGGAGCGAUUCAAUCAUUGCAACAUCAAGAGGCGCCUAAAACCGUUGAUGAGCUUGUCAAUGCGGUGGAAAAAUCUUUUGAAGAAUUAUCGGCGGAUAAGCUUAAUCGUGUGUUUGUAUCAUUGCAAGCGUGUAUGAUUGAAGUGAUGAAAGUUCACGGGGGAAACAAUUACAAGUUGCCUCACAUUGGAAAAAACCAAUUGAUUCGAAGUGCGAUGCUUCCUUCUCAACUCGAAUGUGAAAGUGGUAUCAUGGAGAGUGCAUUGGCUCAUUUACAGAGUUUAAAUCAAGGUUAA